CACCAACCGACAUUUACCAGCGCUAACUUGGCCAGAACAGAAGCUCAGCGGAUCUAAAGCAUUUCCAAUUACCAAUUCCAACUCCGGGAUCCAAGGAUUAACACACAAGUCGCUGCCUCUAACUCUGUAUCUGCAUCAGUAUCUGCAUCUGUGGUCGAGUGUGUGUGUGUGUUUGUGUCUGGAAGAGGAAACUGGAAUCGCUGGCGUUCUGGAAGCAGCGAGUCUGAUCGUUGUUCUUGGCCUCUUCGGGUUCUUCGGCUUCUUGGCUUCCCAAUUCCCACUUCCAUUCCCGACUUCUUGGCGGACAAUCGCGGCUGCGUGAUAUUGGCCGGAUCAGUUGAGCGAUCAGUCGACGACGAAGGCUUGCAGUGAACGCGACGUGAAGUGCUGAAACUCCAACUCCAACUACCACUCUUUUUUAGAGCCGAUUCGAACGCGCGUCCCCAAAAACGCUAAGAACCCGAUUCGUAUUCUCCGAUCGUCGCCAGUGGCAAUCAGAUAGUGCUCCGCGCUUCCAAACAAUCUAGCAAACCGAAGAAAAGAUGGCCAAAAUCGUUCUCUUCUGCCUGCUGAGCCUCUUGGCAUGCGCUGCAGGCCAACGCAUCACGACGAUCCACCUGGAUGGAGUGCAGUACUUCAUCAGCCGGAUGAACCCCUACUCCCCGGAACUGAACUACUUCCUGGCCUACCAGUACUGCCGCUCCCUGGGCCUGCAGCUGGCCUCCUUUGAGACGAAGGAGAAGGCCGAGUCGAUGACCACGUAUCUGAAGAACGCCGGUUACGGCAACUACGAUUUCUGGACCUCCGGCAAUCGCCUGGGCACGGGCAUGUUCCUAUGGAUGAGCACUGGUCUGCCGUUCAACGCCACCUUCGACUUCUUCGAGAACUCGGCGGACGCCAUCCAGGCCGGUCUGCUCGAUCCCGUCGACCAUAAUAGCAACACCUCUCCCCAGCGCACCGCUCGCGACAGCAGCAGUGGCGCCGAGAAGGGAUGCGUGAUCCUGAAGCAGCCCACUCUGAAGUGGAUGCCCGAGGACUGCUCGGCCGUGAAGGACUUCAUCUGCGAGCAGACCCGCUGCUACUACUACAACUACGGCAGCAUCCCCGUCUCGUCGGCGCAGGGACGUCCCAUCACCUCCACGACUCCACGGACUCCUGCCUCGCUGAUGGACCUGCACGUGGCCGCCACCACCACUCCGCUGCCCCUGCUGAUGUCCACCAGUGGAGCCAUGUACACCGCCGCCAAGGCCAAGUCCUCGCCAGCUGGGGGUCAAAGGUUGAUCGACGAUUCCAGCUCACAGCAGCCGUCCUUCAUGUCCUUCAAGCUCAACCACGACCGCUCGCUGCCCGACACGGACUCCACCGACGUGGAUGUGGACGACCAGGAGACGGACGUGGAGACCGAGGAGCACGAUGACCACGAGGCGGAGGGCGAGGGCUACGAGGAGCACGACGGCGACAACUUCGGAGAGCAUGCCCGCGAACUGGGCAACGACAGCACCGACGGCGACAUCAAGGAGCACGUGUUCCCCCUGAGCGACAACGAGCUCCACCCCGAGAUGCACUCGAUUGAGGAGGUGCAGCAGCAGUUGCAGCACCAGGAUCAGGACGCGGACGCGGAUGCGGAGGCGGCACCAGCCGUUCCGGCGGCGGAGGAGAACGAGGGUUCCCAGCACGAUUCGGAGGCGGAUGGCGAGCACGAACUGGAGGCCGAGGGCGAGACCGAGUCGGAGAACGAGUCCCAGGCGGCUCCCGUUCAGGCCAACGAACCAGUGAUCCUGCCCAGCUCGACGGAGUCGCCGGCUGCCGCCAUCGAAGAGCGCAUCAAGCAGAUCGCCCAGGACUUCCAGAAGAUGACCAGCUCCCAGGAGCUGCAGCCCAAGGAGGAGCUGACCCCGCAGUCCUCGCUGUCCCUGAACGACCUGAUACGCACCCUGCGACCCAACGAGCAGCAGAUCAUCCCGCAGAUCGACUCCGACUACUCGAACGCCAUGCGUGUCCUGGGCAAGCCGCUGGUGGCCAGCAACUAGGCGUGUCCCUGCCGGACGCCUCUAGCCUAAGACGUGUGUGUGUGUGUCCGUGUCCGUGUCUGUGUCUGUGUUUUUGGGUCGGGGGCUCAUCCCACCGGGCAUCCCGCGUUCCACUGAGGAAUGGACAUUUUCGAGGGCCGGCCGGACAUGUCCGAAAAUGACGCUUCUCUCUGAGGACCUCGAUGCCAGAUGACACCGGAUGACCCCGCUGAAACUAACGAUCCAGCAAGAGAUUACAGGAGCUAAGACAUUAAUCUAUAUAUUAAUAUAUAUGUAUUGUAUGCUUUAAUUGUAUGACAAACACCACAAGAAAAGGAAACUCUUGAUUAAUAAACGUAUUAAGUAAAAA